GCGUCUGUCGAGAGAGCGAGGCGCUCUCAGCGUUUACGCCCGCAGGGAGAGGAAUCCCCGUGGAAGGGGAGCCGGGGGUCGUUCCGGGAGGCGCAACGCGAAGCACCGCCACUCGUCCGUCUACUCACUCGCUGUCUGCGUCGCGGUUUCUUUUUCCGCGUCGUCCUCUUUCAAGAAAGCUUGGCGGCUGGCGGCGUGACUGCGUCUUCGGCGAGAAGAAAAGCAGGCUAGCCGCAGGCUGUGGGCUCGCCUCGGUGCCCAGAUCGAGGCGUCGAGACACCGGAAAGGAGCGCAACAGCAGAUUUUGAAACGUCCAUCACAGAGUCGCGAGACAGCUCUCCGGAAAGUUUUCAGGUUCGCUUGAAUGCGGGGGAGCUCGUAGUCUCUGAAAGCAGCAGAACGUCCGCGAAUGCGCCAGUCUGUCUCCUCGUAUUUUCUCUCCGUCUCCAUCCCUCUCGCGCCUCCGUCGUUUCGUCUGCCGCGCUCUCCUUUUUUGGAAGCAGUUCUGCGGAGGGAGGCUUUGAAUGCAAACGUUCCCCAGGCGCUGGUCCCGAAGUUUGUUGUUUUCAUCGCGAGUCAACAGCCCCUGUCGCCCCUGGUCUCUCUCAGUCGGCCUCUCCGCACACUCCUGCCUACAGUUUUUCUCGUUCGGCGGGCGCAGGGACGGCGCUCGAGAGUUUUGCUGGAGAUUCAUUCGGUGGCUCGGCUCUUCUGCAUUCGACUUCCGCGGCAAAACGAAGGAAAGACGACGCGACAAGCGAGAGCAUUCCGUGAAAAAGUGAUGCAGGUGUGUGUGCGGCGAACAAGCUGGGUCUUGUCGGUCGCGGCCCGGCCGGGGCUUUGAGGAGCGGCCGACGCCUCCGAGAAAACAGCGGGGAAAAGAGAGGAAAGAGUUGCGAAAAAGGAGCUGUUUGGAGACAGACCGGGCCGCUUUUCCUCGCCGGCAAGCACAUGCGAGAGGCAGCGUUUGCGCGGGAAGCGAAAAACGCGCGCUGGUGUGCGAGCGCGAGCUCUUGCGGUGUGUAUAUAUUCAGGCGCGCUGCUUCUGCCAGGCAGGUCGAGAAAAAAACCGUGGACCAGCGGAAAAAAUGACGUCUCCAUAAGAACUCGGGCCGUCUUAAAUUUCGCGUCGACUCUAGAAGAAAGGUCACUUCCGGAGUUCCUCCGUUUCUUCCUUUCGUCUGAGCCUCUUGCGUCCACCCUUGUCUUGCCCCCCUCUCCUCGACAACCACAACAACACACGGGGGAGGGCGCGAGACACUGCCUUUCUGUCUCCUCUUGAUCUCCUUCCUUGUUCUCUCCUCAGGUGCCUCCUUCGACCCCAUUGGUCUCGUUUCCUUCCAUCGUUCCUCGCCUCCUCCUCUUCUCUUCCCGCUGUCGGACUAUCGCCUUCCAAAUCUUUUCUUUCUCCGCCCGAGAGUUCGCGUCCCCUCUUCCUCUUUUUCCUCUCUCUCUGGUCUUCUUCUUCAUGUUCUCCUUCUCCCUUCCUUCUCUCUCCCGCCCGCUUCCCUGUUUCCUCUGCUUCUCCCUCCGUCCUCCGUUUUCUUCCUCGAAAUGUCCAGCUCUCGUUCUCCGUGGGGCUCUGCGUCGGAGAGCGACGAAGAGCGAUCGCCUCCGUCUCCGGCAUCUCGCGCGUCCUCUCCGUCUGUCUCUGAAGAUGCAGUUGAGGACGAAGCCGACGCAGACGAAGCGGCGGCUUCGUCGCUCCGCGCCGAGGCCGCCAAGUUCCUCUGGGGUGACCCAGAAGGCGAAGAGGCGGAAGAAGACGACGACGACCUGCUCGACGCCGAGGACUACAUCCAGGCCUCCAGCUCUUCCGCAGCGAAGAUGACGGCGGCGCAGCCUGGCCUGGCGGCUGACGGGGAGGAAGGAUCUUUCGACGAAGAGGUUCCUUACGCCGCUCGGGUGCUGCUCAAAGACGCCGAGGCUCGCAGCCGCAAAGAGAAGCUGCUCCUCGCUGCCCUCAACUCCCUGACACACACCGAAGUCCUCCUGGCCAACGCGCCGGCCGACGCAGCUGGCCAUCUCUCGCGUGUAUGUACAUCGCAGGCCGGCGAGGCUGGGGCGCCGCCGCCUGCCGCGCCGCGGCUGUCAGACGGCGGGCGACAAGGCCGUCCGAGCGUCUCCCUCUCCAGUCGCCUGUCGUGGGAGUCUGAGCAAGGUGUCGAGAAAAGACGUCUGUCAAGUAAAAGGCCUUCUUUCUCUCCCGACACAACAGUUAGUUCCGCCGCUUCCGCCUUUCCCUCUGUUUCUGCGUUUCCUUCUGCGUCUUCGCAGACCCUCGAGAGAGAGCUGGGGAGGCGGCCUCCCGUCUCCGCGGCCGAGCGGCCGGCUGUCGCGAGGACGAGUUCGCAGAGCUCGUUUCGCGCCUCGCUCUCAACGCGACGUCCCUCCCUUUCAGGUGAGGAGAAGUCCACGCCGCAAGUCGUCGGCGCCGGCCAGCUCGCUCCCAAAAUGAUGAAGGUCAUGCGCGAGAUCUUUGGAAAGCGGAAGCCUGUCGGCCGGUUUGGGGUGUAUGGACAGCCGAGUCGACGCGACGCGGAGAGCCCGAGUUCUGCCUGCAGCGCCUCUCCGUCACACGCUCGAGCUUCGCCUUCUUCUCUUCCUGACUCUUCUGCGUCUUUUCCUCCUCCGACGUCUUCGUCUUGUCCAGUCUCGGGUGUCGAGGCGCAGGUGCCGCGACCUGAUUCUGCUGCGUCUGUCGCGACAGAAUCGAGCAGAAAGCAAGUCUCGGUGACUGUGACCGAGGAAGCUGUGCGGCAGCUGAAGGAUGUGAAUCUCCUUCUCAAGCGAGAAGGCUGUGCGAGUUCUCUGAGGCGCCAGCGCGCCCAGGAGCUUUACGACUUCGAGGACGGUCACAUGCUCUACCAGCACCCGCGCUUCUGCGCCGCAGCCAUUUUUAGGGAGAACCUUGUCGCCCGUCGCCUUGCCCCCCUCUGGACAGCCGUUGCGGCGCGCUACGACGCAGUUGAAGGUUCUGACGACGCUCAACAAAUCGAAAAUCAGCAGCAUUUGCUUGUGCAACUCCUGCGCUGCCUCGCCUUCCUUGCGGGAGCACCGCCUGUUGACUGGAUACAGUACUGGAUGAAAUUCGCGCCGUGGCUCGACGAUGCGAAGCGCGUAGACGACUCGCGAAAAAUGGAGAAAAAACGAAUCGAAGAGCUGCGAGCGAGGCGCCGGCGCCUGGGUCUGCAGCCGUCGGAGGUGGAGAAGGAAGCUGAAGAAAACUUCUUCCGGGAUGAGGCUCUCCACCAAGAUCCGCCCGUCCAGGAAGAGAGGCGCCUUCGAAGCCAUAUCGUCAUGAAAUACUACCGAGGCAUGCAGACCACGAAGAAGGCUCUCUGCUGUCCAGCGCUCUGGCAGCUCCUGUCUUCGGUGUUUGUCGAUAAACAAGACUUCGUCGAUCGCGGCGGCCGCACGGCGGAGCAGCAACGGCGCCUCGACCGCCUGGUGGAGGCACGAGAGGCGUUGUACACGAGAGAAAAAGAAAUGAAGAGACAGUUGCUCGAACUGGAAGAGGAAAGCAAGAAGGACUUCGACGAAGAAGACCAUCUGCCGAAGCACCGUCUCAGACGCGAGUCUGUGGGCUCAAAGAAAGAACAGGAGGAGGAGAUGCGAGCUCUGAAGAGAGAGCUGGAGAGCCUUCGCGAGGAGAUCUUCGAAAUUACGGAGACACUCCACGACCUCAAUCGCUCGAAUCGCGAAGAGCUGGAGAAAGCUGAGGGUCUCCUCGAGAAUCUGCGCCUGCUCGUCUGCGCGGUCUUGCUGAUGCCUCCUUCUCUGCCCAAGUCCGUCGCCGUCACGCCGGGGACUCAACUCUCUCUCGUCGUCACCAUGCUUCAACAGAGGAAAGAAAAGGCUCUCGCGCUGUCGCCCCUCCAUCCGGGUGGCUCUAGCUUGCUGCACUUGCUGCUUCGCGACACUCACUUUGAUUUAUUCGGCAGAAUGCAAAAAUCCUUCUCGCUCGUCGAACUCGCAUCCGCCUCCAAUCCUCAAGAGCAGGAUUUUUACGACGUCGAGAAGAUGACGGGAGGCCUGGGACGGUGGGCUGUGACGCAUGUGCAUGCGGAGCUGAUGGAGAGAAUUUGGACGGUCCUGCGCACCGUCCACGGAGUUGUCUCCGCCGUGCCGCCUCUCGCGUUCGCGGAACUCAUUGCCGAGAUCACUGCGGGAGUGCCUCUUCGGAGUUCUGUGUCCUCUCGGGCGUCUGCGUUGGGUGGGUCUGGUGCGCCACCGCGUCGGCGUGGAGUCCCGGUCGAUCUUCAGCAGGCGUCGCACGAGCAUAUCAAAUUUCUUUCUCGUUUAGACCCUCUGAAAGCUCGCCAGGUUCUGCUAGCGGAGCGCGUGGUGGCGGCUGAGCAGCGGAACCGAAAGGGUGCUCAGGUGCGUGUGUUUCACGAUCAAAGGCGCUUCGUCGACUACGAGCGUCUCUUCCUCUUCCGCUCUCUCGCCCUGAGGCCGUUCGACCUCGAGGAGCCCUGUGCCGAUGCGCAGCACGAAGCAGAGACGCCGGAGAGAGGGCGUGGAGACGCCGCGGAGACAGCAGAGCGGGGACAGAGUGUCUCCGCUGCGUCGGCGAGUGUCGGGGAAAAAGAGAGAAGAAAGAGAGAGGGAGAGGCGAGAUGCGGCGGUGUGGCGGGAUCCGCCUUCGCCAGCGCCUCGAAGGCAGCCUGGCUGCGGACGGCGCUGUCGAGGGAAGACCUUUGCGCUCUGCAGAAGUUGAUCGCUGGAUUUCUCGGUAUCGAUGAGCAAUUCACGGCGCCAGUAAACCCAGAGACCCUCGAGAACGACAUGUACUGCGGCCGCUUCUACUCGCUCGCGUUUCUGCUCGAGGCAGCGAUCAAAGAGCUCCUGAGAGAAGUCGACGCCGACUACCACUGGCCCUGGGAUGCAGAGCUGGUGCUUGACUUGAUUUCCUGGAUUUUCGCGUACCAAGUGACGUACUUCAAGGCGGUAAAUCGCCUGCGAAUCGCGCAUGCACGCAGCCGCGCAGGCGCAGCCGCACCCGCGCCGCUGGACCGAAUCGACAUGAUUUUCUGUCUGCAGGGCUACGAGACGGCGCUGGUGCAGGACUUCCUGGUUGGCCUGCUGCACCGAGCCGUAUUUGUGUUGUCUCUUUCCCGCGGUGCGCGGCCUCUCCUCCUCUCCUGUCUCCAGUGUCUGCGGCAACUGCUACGGCUGCUGCAGGUCCACGUCAACUCGAAGAAGACGGAGAUCGUCGAGGCGGUCAAGACGCAGCUUGCGUCCUGGAUCAAGCGCGGGGUGGUGGGCACCCUCGCACAUGUCAUGAAGACCUUUAAACACUCGUCCUUCGAGCCUGACGUCUUCCUCUACGCGCUGGAGAUCGCCCUUGUCUUCGCGAGUCUCUUGCAGGCUGUCGGCGGGCAGUGCGAAGUUCCUGGCUUGCCGCGCCGAGGCCUGGGCAUGCAGCGCCGAGGCGGCAGACGGCCCGCCGGUCUCCUCAUGGACGACGACGAAGGCCUCGACGGACUCGCAGACUCAAACGCGCCGGACUUGUCUGCGCCCACCGGCUCGAGAGUCGUCACAGUCGACGAUGUAGUCAAGGAGUUCCUCAAGGGAGAAAUCAUUCUCCAAGCCAUGCAGAUGCUGUCGCACUACUCGACGAACGCGGUGGCGGUGAACUCCGCGCUGAUUUCUUUCUUCGAGUUGAUUCUUUCGUACAAAGGCGGUCAGGCAGAGAACGCGGCGUUUUUCUUCGACCUCUCCUACUUCCUGAUCUUCCGGAACAUGCUGAACGACGUGGAGGCGCGAACCGACCCCCGCGUGUCUUGGGUUCUGGCCUUUGCAGAGACCGUCGUCGAGCGCUUCUUCUUCCUCUGGGGCGGCGACUCGCGUCCCGGCGCAGAGACGGAGUCUUCGGAUGCGUACUCAGGAGGCCCGCAGGACAGAAACGAAGACGGAGAACGCGAGGCUCGAACGGGGGAGAAGAGACAAGAUGACGAGGUCGGGGGAUCCGCAGACGCUUUGCCUCCAGGCGCGGCGCGCACGGGCGAGGAGGCAGAAGAGGGGAACGCGUUUCUUCCCCUCGAGCUGCUUUUCUCGAAGAAAAAGUCAGGGAGAACUGGUUUUGGAGACUCCGUUGCUGGAGACGUUUUCUGUUCCACGUCGGAAGGUUCGUUCGCCUCCGUCUUCUCCAACUAUCGCUCUGGGUCAGACGCUCUCCUCCUCGCGGCAAUGGACGAGCAGCUGAAAACGCAGGGCUUCGUCGCGCCUCUGGAUGCAGCGGCAGAGUGUCGGCGAAACCUCCAGGACGACCUCGGCUUUUCCGGGAGAGAAAGCGCAAACAAAUUCGACAAACACGAAGACGAACUCCUCAUUCGAGAAUUCCUCACUUACCGAGAUAUCAACAACUGGGACCAGUACAUCGCGACGACGUUGGGCAAGACGGCGCGAGCCGUCCGGAAGCGUUUGCAGCAGCUGCGUCUGUCGAAUCCCGAUGUAUUUCCCCCGGAUUUCGCUCCCGACGAGGACGUUUUUCUCUCUUCACGACGCACUUCCGUGGACGCGUUUGCGGCCGCAGAGCCGCCCGCCGCCGCAGGUGUGCCGCCUCUCCUUGGCGCUGUGCAGGCUCUCUGGGCGGAGUUCUCUGCGCUUUCGGAUGGGGGCGACACGCUGCCUUUCUCGCGCUUCCUCCAGAGUCUCGCGGAGAAUUUCGCAGACGCCUGUCGCCUCAGAGAAGUGCUCCGAAUGGACGCGGUGGAGACGGGGCAAGAGCCCGCAGCAGCCUUCUGGGAAGCCGUGGCGGUCGAGGAGCCUCUCGAGGGCGGCGAGGCCUCCGUCGCGUUGCUGGACAGCGCAGCGUUCAGACGCCUCAUGCAGGUUAUGGGUGCCGAGAGGAAGGCAGAAAGCAAGGACAACGAAGUCGAAGAAGGUACCUGGAAAAUCCCAGCAGACCAUCCGCAAGAAAUCCUUCGCGCUGCAGUCGAAAAACUCAAGGAGCUCGUCGGCCUUGAGCAACAGGAACUCGACGCCCUGGCCGCGCAGCACAUGCACCGCGAGCGUCAGCGAGACGAAAUUCGCGCGAAUCGAGUGAAGCGCCGGCCGUUCGUCUUCAACUCUGCGGCGCUCGCGGAGGCUCUUUUGAAUUACCGCUUUCUUCUCCAGCGCCUGGAACGCGAGCCCCCGGGUCCAGAAGGCGAAGGAGGCGACUUGUUCUCGGAGCCUCGCGAAGAGCAAGAAAUGGAUCGCACGCGCGCGGCUUCAGACAGCGUUUCAGCUGUCUUCCAGCGACAACCCGCAGCUGCGAUUCUCCACGAUAUUCUCGAAGCUUUCAAGAGUCUCUCAGCGAAGCUCAUGCAGAGGAGAGAAGAAGACAUGGGAGAAACCGAGGACAAAGAAACGAAGGAGAAGGAUGCCCUCGAACUGAAUGUAGAGGAAUUUCCCUGGUUUGCGUGCGAAGCCAUUGGAGAGGCCAAAGAGCUCCGCAAGACCCUCGCCGUCAUGGGAUGUUUCCGGGACUUCCCCGGUGGGCGAGAAGACGAAGGAAGCGCACAGAUUCGAUGGCAAGUUCCUCUCGAUGUCGAUGCGGAAGUCUUCGGCGAUCGUGUUGACGCCUUCGCGAACUUCGCAUCCAAAGAUCUCGAUGAACUGGAGAUGCUUGUCCAAGGUGUGCGCGGCGACCGAGUGGAUCGCAGCCGCGGCGACGAAGAAGAGCAGACUUGGGAGGACGGCGACUCUCAGGACGUUUCUCGCGCGAAGCAUAAGCGCGAAGGCGGUCGGAGUCGGCACUCGAAGAAGAAAGAUCGGUCGCCUUCUCGACGGAAGAAGAAAGAGAAGAGCCAUCAGAGUCGGCCGCUUCUCCUCACUCUGCAGAAACUGACGAAUGCAGCCUCUUCGGGGUCGGGGCUUCUGCCCGAGAAGCCGACGACGCGGCACCGCUAUCUCCUCGCGUCCAAGUUGUUUCUGUGGCGGGAGUUUCUUGAAAGCGAUGAAGUCAAUCGCGAGCUGCUCCACGGCGACCGCCCCCUGCAGAGACUGCUAGCCUGUCUCAGGGAGUGGAACGCGGAGAGAGUGGCGGUCGUCGAACGCGCAGCAGAAGAGGCAGAAGACAGCGACGAAGAAGAGUCUGUGAUCAGACGCCUCCAACCGCCCCACCUCGUCCUCACGGCUCAUGGAGGCCAAGAAGAAGAAGUCGCGUUCUCCGCCUCCUCAGCGAGAGCAGGCGAAGGAGACGGAAAAGUGAAGGAAGGAGAAGAAGGAGAAGAAGGAGAAGAAGGAGAAGGAGAGAGAAGACGAGCACCGGUUGAAGAGACAGAAGAGGGUGGCGUCCGCUUUCGAGUUGUUAGAGGGGUCCUACCGAACGUCGCGGCGGGUCUCUGGGUGUGCGCGGCACUGGGAGGGAAGCCCGUGGAGUCGUCGGAGAAUCGCGAGUUUCUUUGGAGAGCUGAAGAGCGCUACCUCCCCUCUUCCUGGCUUCGGAAGCAACUCCGAAUUCUCGAACUGGUGCUCUUGAACCCGCAAAUGCAAACAGCCGCCGGCGUCCAGGUCGAGCUCGGCUUGAUCCGCGAGGUCAUGGAGCGCGAGGAAGAGGCCAUGCGAGAGAAAGAAGCUCAAAGAGAAGAAGAAAUGGAAGAGGAAGAGAACCUGGACGACGAGGAGACAGGCGAGGACCGAGGGCAGAACGAAGGUGCAGAGGCGAAGAUAAGAAGAGAGCAGGACAGCAAGAAAGAGAGAUCACCAACUCGUGGAGAGGAAGCAGAUGGGGAUAUGGCGGACGUGAGUUCGAGAAGCAUGUCGCCGAGGGACAAGACGUCGAAGGAGAGAGACGAGAACAUGCAGGAAGAAGACGAUUUCGAUCUCGUUCCUGAACCGGAGGACUCGGCGGAGGCUUCUCUCUCCCCGAAGAAGGAUCCAGAGAACAACGUCUCCGACGUGGAUGAAGACUACGAGAUGUUUCUUGAGCCUUCAGACGGAGCACUCUCUGACGACGCUCUGUUCGACGCUUGGGACGUCGUAGGAAGCGAAGACGAAGAAGAGAACGCAACAGGUCCUCGCUGCAGCGACGGAAACCUGGCUGGUGCAGAUCUGCUCGCGUGUCUCAUCGACGAUCUCGAGGCCUUCCCAGUGAAGCGCGGGACGUCUGAAAACCCACGAGAUCGUGAGACGCGCCGUCCGAAGAAGCGAAGCAGAGACACCGGUGCCACAGGCGGCCCGCCAGCUCCGGAGGGAACUGCGGACGCAGCCGACGCAUGUGAAAAAGAAAACGCCGCGCCAGAGAGGGGCGCUGAAAGAAAUGCGAGAACCGACCAAGACGUCGACAGAGUCAAGAAGCUCAUGCGAAGUCUGGACACAGCAUUCGCUGAGUUAGAACAGGUACGCACAAGGGGGAGGGGGCGGUUUAACACUCAGGUCGAACAGACACGAGAGCUGACAGAGAAAAGAAAUACACGCAACAGCAGCUGCGUCUCGUCUUGCAAAAGCUGCCGAGUAAAAGCCUCCCACAGCUGUGUCCGAUCUCUCGCUGAUCCUGAAAAAAUCCGUCGAGGUCUGCAUGGAUGA